AUGUUUUCCAAACUCUCUGCCAUUCUCUUCAAGAACAAUAACAAUCAACAAACCAAUUCUAGUAAUGGUCAUCAUCAUUACGAUCAUCAUCAUGAACAUUCCAACUCCUCUUCAGGCGAAGAUUUCAUUCAUUCUCCAAUAUUAUUAACCAAUCAUCAUCAUAACACUACGAAUGGUAUGCCUUUGUAUACCAUUCUCGAUCCUCAGAAUCAUCAGGAUUCUCCAACCAUUGCAAAUCAACAUGUUCGUGGUGGUGCUAAUGACGUUGAAAACGAUCCACAACAACAUCCAUGGACGCCUUCAUCAUCCUCUUCUCCUUCUCACGCAAUCAUGACGAGUCAAACGAGUUCGAACUCAAAUUCUUCUCCUUUCAUUCAGAAUCAACAACACAAUGGAAUGAACUCGACAGCGACCACUCCUUCUUCUCCGUAUAUUUUCGAAUCGACAACAACAACGACCAUGAAUUCAACUUGUGCAAUGAAAAAUUCCAAUCGUUCUCCUUAUCAUCAUGGACAAUCGUUUCAAAACCAUACAUUGGAAGGUGGUAGUGAUUUCUCACAUCAACCACAUUUCACAGAAAGUCCAUUACCACCAAAUACAAAUCAUCAACAAUUAUUUCCAACGUCCAGUUCCUCAUUGACAUCUUCACGUUCGAAAGAAGGUCUCGAUGGUAAUCACUGGACUUCAAAUGUGACUCCUCGUGGACCAUUUGCAAUAUUUGGUACAAUUCCACAUGAUUUACUCAUUGACAUUUUCUCCUUUCUUGAUUAUAAUGAAAGAUUUAGAACUGUGAGAGUCGUGUCACAUCAAUGGAAUAGUUUUAUUUUUGAGAGUGAAACUUGUUUGUUUUUACACUUUUCGAAAAACAUGUUGCGUUUUAUGAGUGCACAAAAUGUGUUGGAUUUUGUUCGAAAUUUCCAAAAGUUGAAUUGCAUUACGAUUUAUGGUGAAUAUCAAUGGGAAUUGAGAAGAAAAUGCAUUCGAGAAAUUCAAGCAACAUCUCCAUCUGUGAGAGAAUUGAAAAUUAUCGAUGCCACUGAAUCUGAAUUGAAUAGCGUGAGAGAUUUGACAUUUCACGGUUUACACAAACUCUAUAUUGAGACACCCGUUGUGACAAGUAACUUUUUGACCAUCAUUCAUGAUUUGGCUCCAAAUAUUACUUGUCUCUCUCUUAAAUAUACUGUACAGGAAAAAGCAGACUCUCUUUGUAAACUCUAUAACAACUUUAACAAGCUCAAAGAAUUGAAAUUGGCAGUGACACAACCCUCCAAUCAUAUUUAUGAUGGCUUGAGUUUAUCUCAAUUGGAUACUCUUGAAAUUCACAAUUUCAUGGGUUUCAUUGGAAGCAAACGAUUUACCAACUUGAAAACUCUCAAUGUUUCUGGCUCUGUGAAUGAUAUUCCAACCAUUGUACAUCUCUUCCCAAAUAUCACUUCAUUAGAUAUCAGCACCUUGUAUGGAUCCAAUUCAGACACAUUCGAAAACAAGUUGUGUGAAAAUUUACCAAAACUUCAACUAUUGAGUCAAUUGACCAUGACCGAUUGCACCACAAGUUUAUCCAUGCUUGAUGUGUGGAGUAGUGCGUGGACCACACUCAAAGAACUUGACAUUUCCAGAACUAGUGUGAAUGAUUCACAUUUAGAACGACUUGCAAAAUUACAAAAUCUUCAAGUAUUGAAAAUGAGAGGUCUUUCCAUUACUGGUCAAUCGAGUCGGUGUAAUUUUGGUGACGUUCUUGUUUCAUUGCAAAACAAUCUCACCAUUUUGGAUGUCAGUGAGUGUCGAUUAUUGGAAAAUAUGGUCCCAAAUACUACUCCAAAUCCUCCAACUUGUUUCAAAAAAUUGAAAAUAUUUGAAGCCAAUGGUGCCAAUGUACUCAGUGAAAAGAGUGUUUCAUUCAUCUUGUCCUCAGCUCCAAAAUUAGAAUCCUUGUCACUCAUGGCAUGUAACGAAGUGAAAGAUGAAACCAUUGCGAGAUUAUGCACCAAGAGAAUUGUAUACAUGGAUUUAAGAUAUUGUCGACAACUUGGAGAUCCAGGAUUUUUGAAACUUGUCUAUGAUCAGAAAUUACGUCAAUUGCAACAUUUCAAGCUAGCACUUUCCUUCGAUGUCACACAAUUGUCGAUCGAAGCAGUUUUAAAUCAAGCUAAAAUGCUCAAAACUCUCGAAUUGAACAGCUGCAAAAAGUGUAAUUCUGAUCAUCUCAUUGCAAAACAAUUUUUCGAACCUACGAAUUUACCAUGCUUGACACAUGUGGAUUUUUCUGGUACCAUUAUCAGUGAUGUUGGACUAUUGAGUAUUUUAACAAGUAGUGAAAGAGUGAAAACUCCUCUUUCCAAUUUAGUUUCACUCAAAUGUGCUGAUUGUUAUCAUUUAUCACAUGAUUUUUUGGAUGUUCUUGACAAGUAUCUAGUUAAAAUUGACAAACCUCAAGCAGUAAUUCCAAUCAUGAUUGCCGAUAAGAAGGUCGUUUACUUUAGAUGUCCUUAUUUGAAUAUUGAUGAAGUGAGAAGUUCACUUCCACGACCGCAAAUUGGUCAAAAAUUCAACACGAGUUCAAAUACCUCCAAUAACAACAGCAAUGGUAAUAAUGGUAUGAAUGGUUCACCAUUGACUUCUCUUGGAGGAUCUGGAUCUUUGAAAAAGUAUUAA